UGUGGUAUUGUUUAAUCGCGUAAGUACACAAGCAAAUUAAAUGAACUAAUAUAUUUUCUUGAAGAAUACGUAAAUUAUAAAAGAAAAAAAAAACAAAGAGGUUAAUGAUGUUGAACGUCAUCGCAUCAUCAUUGCUCCACCACUCCUCUAUUUAUAGUCUAUUUUUUCUUCGUUUUAUUUUCUUUUCAUUUACACUCUUGUCUUUCCACAUUUGGUCCCUUAUAUGAUAGUGCUUCGUCUUCUUCUUCUUCCAUUUUUCUUUUAUAGCGAAUAAUCGUCUAUCCAAAGAACAGAAACAGAGCAAUCUACAACGAAAAAAAGUGUGAAGAAACCAAGUAUAGAGAAGAGAACAGUUAUGGGGCAAUGCUCAUCGACGACCAGGAUGAGGAGAAAGAGGAAAAGAGGAGAAGAAGAAGGUUGCAGAGAAUCAAUGGAGAGGAAUACAGGAUGUUUAGCUAUGGUGAAGGAGAGGCGUUCUAGGUUUUAUAUCGCCCGAAGAUGUAUUCAUAUGUUGCUUUGUUGGCACAAAUACGCCAAUUCUUGAUGAGGUUUGUGUUAUUAGUAUAUUCGAUAAGUUAAGCACGUAUAUACGAUUAUUUUUUUUUACUCUC